GUUUUGAACAUCAGAAGCUCUGCAUCUCUACAAAGUGCUCGGUCACCUGUCAGGAGCAGGAAAGAGUCAGAAAUUAAAGGAGACAGCUGUGUAUAAGCACACAUCAGUCUGCACAGGUGUGUGUUCCUGGUUGGAGUAUAAUGAAUGGGAUACCGCCGUUAGACACACUCACCUCUACCAUGUCGGCCGAUAUAUCGUCUGAAGUCUCCACCUUUCUGCUCCUCCUGCUGCUGCUGCUGCUCUUCACCUGGAGCCGCUUCACACACCGCUCACCUGUACCAGGUCCUUCCUUCUUGGCCGGACUUGGUCCUCUCCUCACCUACAGCAGAUUCAUCUUGACCGGGAUAGGCACAGCGUGCAACUACUACAACAACAAGUAUGGCAGCAUUGUGCGGGUCUGGAUUAACGGCGAGGAGACUCUCAUUCUGAGCAGGAAAGUCUCUUGACAUUCAAAACCCUUUGCACUUUUACAGUUUAUCCUGAGAUAUGUAAGUCAAGGAAAUCUUUGCCCCUCUCGCAGGUCCUCAGCAGUGUAUCAUGUUCUGAAGAGCACCCACUACAUAGCCAGAUUUGGGAGCAAAACAGGGCUGGAGUGUGUUGGGAUGGAAGGGAGGGGGAUCAUUUUUAACAGUGACGUCCAGCUGUGGAAGAAAGCCAGGACAUAUUUUUCUAAAGCUCUGACAGGCCCCGGACUCCAGAGGACAGUGGGAAUCUGUUUAAGCUCCACAGCCAAACAUCUGGAGCGCCUGCAAGACAUGACAGACGCCUCCGGACAUGUGGACGCUCUCAAUCUGUUAAGAGCCAUUGUGGUGGACAUCUCCAACAGGCUUUUUCUCAGGGUGCCACUUAAUGAAAAAGACCUGCUAAUGAAAAUCCACAACUACUUUGAAACAUGGCAGACAGUCUUAAUAAAGCCUGAUAUUUUCUUCAAGAUUGGCUGGCUGUACAACAAGCACAAGAGAGCAGCCCAGGAGCUGCAAGAUGUGAUGGAGAGCCUUCUUGAGACUAAAAGAAAGAUUAUAAAUGAGUCUGAGAAGUUGGACGAUGAUCUUGACUUUGCAACAGAGCUCAUCUUUGCUCAGAACCACGGAGAGCUUUCAGCUGAUAACGUCCGACAGUGCGUGCUGGAGAUGGUGAUCGCAGCGCCCGACACACUCUCCAUCAGCCUCUUCUUCAUGCUGUUGCUACUGAAACAAAACCCAGACGUGGAGCUAAAGAUAGUGGAGGAGAUGAACACUGUCAUAGAAAACAGUGAUGGAAAAAUUGACUAUGAAAGCCUAAUAGUGCUGGAGAGUUUCAUCAAUGAGUCUUUGAGGUUUCAUCCUGUGGUUGAUUUCACAAUGCGAAAAGCUCUGCAGAACGACAACAUUGAAGGCACUAAAAUAGCAAAAGGAACCAACAUCAUCCUCAACAUUGGUCUCAUGCAUAAAACUGAAUUCUUCCCCAAACCCAAAGAGUUCAGCCUGACGAACUUCGACAGAACAGUGCCCAGUCGUUUCUUUCAGCCUUUCGGCUGCGGGCCCCGCUCCUGCGUGGGCAAACACAUCGCCAUGGUGAUGCUGAAGGCCAUCCUGGUGGCUCUGUUGUCUCGUUACACCGUGUGUCCUCGCCAAGGCUGCACCCUCAACAGCAUCCGGCAGACCAACAACCUGUCGCAGCAGCCUGUGGAGGACGAGCACAGCCUGACCAUGCGCUUCAUCCCUCGAACAACACGACCUCCACACAGUCAGCUCUAAAACAAACACAGAACUGGUACAAGUGCAGGGAAAAAGGUUGUACAAAUGUUUGUACUCUGUAUCUUUGUUUGACGCUUCAAAGUUUUUUUUAGAGUAUGUAAACACUUAGUUUAAGACCUGUACUGACAUAAAGAGCUACAGCCUUCAGAGUCCCUUUCACACAUGACCUCCCGAC